AUGGCGACGGGUGGUGAUCCUGACAUUGGGUUUGCUCAGAUGUUGAUACGGUGCAAGUGCUGCCCUAACAAAGCAGAACUUUUCUGUAAGACUUGUGACGUAAAGCUGUGUAGCAAUUGUGUUGGUUCACAUACUAGUACACUGUCUCUAGUACAGAAACACGCUGUUAUUAAAUAUUCAGAAAAAUUUGAUGUUUACCCCAAGCCAUGCUGUCCCAAACACUUUGAACAAAGGUGCAACCUUCAUUGCCAAGUUUGUGAUAUUCCUGUCUGCACUGAAUGCAUUGCAUCAGGAGAGCAUAUACACCAUGAGAUGCAGAGAGUCAGCGAAAAUCAGAAAGCAAAAGAAGGGGCUGUGGUCAAGGAAAUACAAUUUCUGGAAGAGAAAUUAGUUCCUGAAUACCAAAAAAUCAUCCAGCUAAUAAAGAAAGAUUUAGAUGAGUUACCAGCGAUAAGUUCCAAUUUGAAAUCAGAAGUGUCAGAACAAGGUGAAGAACUGCACAGCGCAGUGAUAGGGUCAUCAAUAAACGACUUUGUGAAAUCGAUGCUAUGGAAAACAAAAAUUUGGUUGAACUAA